AUGCGGAUGAGUUGUAAUGGAUGUAGAGUUCUUCGUAAGGGCUGUAGUCAAAACUGUAGCAUCAGACCCUGCCUUCAAUGGAUCAAAACCUCUGAUUCUCAAGCCAAUGCCACCGUCUUUCUUGCCAAGUUUUACGGCCGCGCCGGCCUCAUGAACCUCAUCAACGCCGGCCCUGAACACAUACGCCCUGCUAUAUUUCGGUCAUUACUCUACGAGGCAUGUGGGAGAAUUGUGAACCCGAUUUACGGGUCGGUCGGGUUGAUGUGGUCCGGGAGUUGGCAGCUCUGCCAGAAUGCGGUGGAGGCGGUUUUAAAGGGGGAUCCGAUUACCCAAAUACCGACUGAUCAUGCUGCGGCGAAUAAAAAUGGGCCUCCUUUGAAUGCCUACGACAUAAGGCAUGUGAACAAGGAGGAGAACUUAUCCGGGUCGAAUGAUCUGCACCGGGUCAGGGCCCGAUGCAGGUUUAAGAGGUCGAGUGUUCGGGCGAAGACGAAGAGCGUAUGGGCCGCCGGAUCAGGAGAGGAAUCGGGUCAUGAGGAAGUCAAUAGGUCGCCGAGCCAUGAGUCUUCUUUGAGCCAUCAGUCUGAGGCAGCCAGGCCAGUUGUGGAGAGGGAGAGUCAGGAGAGUGAAAGCUUGGUUUCUGGGGAGACUGCUGAGGCUGACUUGUUGGGUAGAGCUGAGCUGAAUCCGGAGCCGGAGCCGGAGCCGGCUCGUAAUGAUGACGAAGUUGCUGAAAUGGAACUGGAGCUGACUCUAGGAUCAGCGCCAGUUAAAAACAACGUCAAGCCGAAAGAAACGCAACAGAGGAAAGCGGCUGAUAGAGUUUGUAGAAUGGAGCUGGGGCUUGAUAUUCCGGCUUUGUGA